UAGAAACUGAAUCCACUAUGAAAUGAAAAGUAACCAAAAUCUGCUCAUACUUCUCCCAUUUCCCUCUGAACUGCUCCAUCUUCUUCAAUCUCCAUUUCAGUUGAAUCUUGAUGGCUCCUGAUUCCGAUUUCAAAUCUGAUUUGGCCGCUGAAAUCUGCUCAUUCUCCGCCCGUUCAGUCUCUUGCCCUCACCGCCAUUUUUCCCGCCCUUUUCUCGAUUGGUAUCGCCUUUUCGGAGUCGAACAAGACGCCGGAAUCGAUUCCAUUCGUCGGAGAUAUCUUAAGCUUGCUCUCCAACUUCAUCCAGACAAAAAUGCGCACCCCAAGGCCGAGAUUGCCUUCAAGCUUGUCUCUGAGGGCUACGGUUGUUUAAUUGAUAAUGUGAAGAGAAGGGCAUUUGAUUUGGAUAGGAUGAAGAAAUUUUGCCCUGAUUGCAACACAAUCCCUUACAGAAAUUUGAGCUCUGCUAGAAAUUCAAAUCCCUUGAAUCUGUUUGAGAAUUGUUUGAGGGCUAACAAUUCCAGAGAAUUCUCUCAACAAUUCAACAACUCACCUGAUUGUUUGAUAAACAACGGCAGGUUUCAUCACAGAAACCACAAAGAAUCCCCAAUCUUCAACCCAUCUGAUUAUGCAUGUCAAGGCUACCCCCAUUUCCGAACCCAAAUCCACCCGAAACCGCAGAGUUAUCGAUGUUUUAGAACUGGGAAUUCAUUGAAAUAUGAACAGGGUAGAGGGAAGUAUGAGUAUCCAGUGUUUGAGAUGAGUAGAUCAGAGAGGUUUGUUUUACAGCAACAAUCUGCUUUUGUAUGUUCAAAUGUUAACAAAUCACAUUGGUGGUGACCUGACUUCCAUUGAUUGAUUGAGUAAAUGCUUGAGGAUUUCAAAUUAAAGCAAUUCCCAA